AUGGCCAGCAUUGCGCAAGCCUCCCUGGCUGCUCUCCUCCUGCUGCCUAUGGCCACCGCUAUGCACUCUGACUGCAUAUUCAAGAAGGAGCAAGCCAUGUGCCUGGAGAAAAUCCAGAGGGUGAAUGACCUGAUGGGCUUGAAUGACUCCUCCCCAGGUUGCCCUGGGAUGUGGGACAACAUCACGUGUUGGAAGCCCGCCCACGUGGGUGAGAUGGUCCUCGUCAGUUGCCCUGAACUCUUCCGAAUCUUCAACCCAGACCAAGACAUGAGGGUGGUGAGCCGGAAUUGCACGGAGGAUGGAUGGUCAGAGCCAUUCCCUCAUUAUUUCGAUGCCUGUGGGUUUGAGGAGUACGAGUCUGAGACUGGGGACCAGGAUUACUACUACCUGUCGGUGAAGGCCCUGUACACAGUUGGCUACAGCACAUCCCUCGUCACCCUCACGACCGCCAUGGUCAUCCUGUGUCGUUUCCGGAAGCUGCACUGCACCCGCAACUUCAUCCACAUGAACCUCUUCGUGUCGUUUAUGCUGAGGGCCAUCUCCGUCUUCAUCAAAGACUGGAUCCUCUACGCUGAGCAGGACAGCAAUCACUGUUUUCUCUCCACUGUGGAAUGCAAGGCCGUGAUGGUUUUUUUCCACUACUGCGUCGUAUCCAACUACUUCUGGCUGUUCAUCGAGGGCCUGUAUCUCUUCACCCUACUGGUGGAGACCUUCUUCCCCGAGAGGAGAUAUUUCUACUGGUACAUCAUCAUUGGCUGGGGGACGCCGACGGUGUGUGUGUCCGUGUGGGCUAUGCUGAGGCUCUACUUCGACGACACAGGCUGCUGGGAUAUGAAUGACAACACGGCUCUGUGGUGGGUGAUCAAAGGCCCUGUAGUUGGCUCCAUAAUGGUUAACUUUGUGCUCUUCAUUGGCAUCAUUGUCAUCCUUGUGCAGAAACUUCAGUCUCCGGACAUGGGAGGCAACGAGUCCAGCAUCUACUUACGGCUCGCCAGGUCCACCCUGCUGCUCAUCCCGCUCUUUGGAAUCCACUACACGGUCUUUGCUUUCUCCCCGGAGAACGUCAGCAAGAGGGAGAGACUCGUGUUUGAGCUGGGGCUGGGCUCCUUCCAGGGCUUUGUGGUGGCUGUUCUCUACUGUUUUCUGAAUGGAGAGGUGCAGGCGGAGAUCAAGCGGAAGUGGCGGAGCUGGAAGGUGAACCGCUACUUCACCAUGGACUUCAAGCACCGGCACCCAUCCCUGGCCAGCAGCGGGGUGAAUGGGGGCACCCAGCUCUCCAUCCUAAGCAAGAGCAGCUCCCAGAUCCGCAUGUCUGGCCUCCCGGCCGACAACCUGGCCACCUGA